AGGGUCAUGUUCACCCCCACCCAAUCGCCACUGACCAUAACAUGAAACCAAAUGAUCAACAUCUAUACUAGUCCAGAAUUAAAUGGUAAUCAAGUAACUCAAGAUCCACCUCAAAACUUCACAAUUCUUCAACAAUAGAUCCCAAAAAGCAACCAAAAAAAAAAUGUCCUCUUCUUCUUCUUCAUCAUCCUCUUUUGGGUGUAGGAGAUCAACAAUUGUCCGGAGAAUGGUGAAUCUUCCACGCAACAUCUUGGGAGGAUUUUCCAGGAUGAUGGAUCAAGGAAUGGAGCUAAUGAGAACAGGAGGGAGAAGACAUCAUCAACACUACCCCCUCCCCCACCCCCUCCCACCCCACCCCCCACUGGACUUCCACUAUUACGAGCACGAUCCAACGGCUCACGACGAGUGGGCAUUCUUGAACAGCUUUGAGCGCCAGUAUGGGACCCAACACCCCUUCUUCUACGCCUGCAGAUUCAUGGACGCCCUAAAGAUUUGCAGGGAUGAACACAAGCUGUUGUUCCUGUACCUUCACUCCCCGGACCACCCCUUCUCGCCUUCUUUCUGCAGAGAGACGCUGUGUUCUGAGGUGGUUGUGCAGUUUCUUGAUGCCAAUUAUGUGUGCUGGGCUGCCCUUGCUGAUAGGGCUGAAGGCUUGCAAAUGGCUACCACACUUAGAGCCUCUACUUACCCUUUUUGCUGUGUGGUGGCCUCAGCUCCUGGGGACUCCAUUGCAGUUUUACAACAGAUGGAAGGUCCAGUGUCAGCAGCAGAGCUGGUGGAGAUACUACAGAGGACAAUUGAAGAACAAGGGGUGGCCUUUGGCAGUGCAGUGGCUAAGGACCAAGAAAAACUAUGGGCAGAUCGACGGCUGAGGGAAGAGCAAGAUGUUGCUUACAUCACUUCACUACAAAUAGAUCAGGAGAAAGAAAAACUGAGUAGAGAGUCUGAACAAAAUGUUCCAAAACAACAAACUCCAACAAGCAGUGGAAGACCUAAACAUAUUUCCUCCUCACAAACUCAUCAGCGCAAUAAGGUAUUAAAAGAAGGUAUUGGUUUUGGCAAAGGAAACUCACAGAGGAAUGGCGCAAAUGGAGCGAAAAGUGCCGAAAUCAUUCAGAUACAAAUUCGGUUUCCAAAUGGAGAGAGGAAAGAGCAAAGCUUCUUAUCAACAGAUAAGAUCCAAGCAAUUUAUAGGUAUAUUGAUUCACUAGGCAUGCCAGGAGUUGAGAAUUACAGAUUGAUAUCAAACUUCCCCAGAAAGGUGUAUGGUGUGGAUCAAAUGGCAAUGACCGUUAAAGAUGCUGGGCUACAUCCAAAAGCAAGUCUUUUCUUGGAGCUUAUUUGAAAUUAAUUUUUGUACAUCUAAUUAAUUAGCUCCAUCAAACAAAUACAAAAAAACCAUCUCCUAUUGCUAAUUAAUUAACUUCUAAUUGCAAUUAUAGUUGAAAUAUGAAUCAUAUAUUGGUGAUU